AUUCGAAUACAUCAGACAUAUCAGUAGUAAAAUUUCAACUCUAGGUGACAACAUAUUUGUACAUGGAAUUGCCGCGACACCUACACCACUUCUCAAAGGUCUGUGCGAGUAUGUAAAGGCGAACGAUCUUAAAGGAAUCAAACUACAUCAUCUUCAUCUGGAAGGAGAGACGCCUUGGACUGCUGAAGAUGUCAGAAUUCUAUUCGUUUGUUCAAUAGGUAUCGCUGACUUCAACUCAUGCUUCCUACACGAAGUGCCAAUGCUGUUUCGUAAGGGUGCGAUCAAGCUCAACGCUGCUUUAAUUCACGUCUCUCCUCCAGAUGCAAAUGGAUACUGCUCUUUAGGUACAUCUGUGGACACGUCAAGGGCGGCUGUAACAAACGCUGAUCAUAUUAUAGCAAUGUCAAAUAAGCAUAUGCCACGGACUUUUGGUGAUAGUCUUAUUCAUUCAUCUCACAUUGACGUUCUUGUCGAAGACCACACAUUUCCUCUUCAUGAAAGACAUGUUGGUAAAGGUAGUGAAGAGGAGAAGAAAAUUGGUACAAUCAUUGCUGAGAAUUUGGUGGAUAAUGGCGCUACACUACAGAUGGGUAUUGGGACCGUGCCAGAUGCUGCUCUAUCAGCUUUGAAACAUCACAAAGAUCUCGGUAUUCAUACAGAGAUGUUCUCGGAUGGUGUUUUAGAUCUUAUUGCCUGCAAUGCGAUUACAAACAGCAAGAAGGUGCUACAUCCAGGAAAACUUUUGGUUUCGUUCGUUUAUGGCUCGGCCAAUUUGUACAAUUUUUUGCACGACAACCCUUUGGUCGUGUUUGGUGAUGUUCAGUGGGUGAACGAUCCUGCUGUUAUACGACAGAAUCCCAAGGUUACCGCCAUUAAUUCUGCUGUGGAAAUUGAUCUCACAGGGCAAGUUGUUUCUGACUCUGUCGGAAAGCGCUUUCUGUCUGGAUUUGGUGGUCAAGUGGACUUUAUUCGUGGUGCGGCAAUUAGCGAUGAUGGCCAUGGAAAGCCAAUCAUUGCCUUGCCCUCAAUCUCGAAGAACGGGCAGAGCAAGAUUGUUCCCUACAUCAAUGAGGGUGCUGGUGUCGUCACAUCCAGAUCUCACGUACAUUAUGUGGUUACGGAGUACGGUAUUGCGCAAUUAUGGGGAAAGAAUAUGAGGCAGCGUGCAUAUGAAUUGAUAAAGAUUGCUCAUCCGUCGCAGCAUGAAUUUCUGGAGAAAUCAGCUUUUGAAAGGUUGAAGGUGAUGCCUUCAGCGGACUAA